UUAUGUAUCAGGGACUUUCCUUGAAUUUGACCAAUCUCAAAAUUCCCUUCUCCUCGGACAGGUUAUAAACUGUGUCUGUUUUGGGUGAGCCAUUUCAGAUUGAACCCCCCUUUAAAAGGUUGUAACAGAGAGACUGCUACAGGAUGUCUGAGCCAGAGAGACAGCCCCUCGUCGGAGCUUCCAGCGAGCAGACCGCAAUCAAUGUAGGAACUACAGCAGAAGGGUCCAACAAGAGGGCCUUCAAGAUAGCUGGUUUCACCCUCUUGGCCUGCCUGCUCAUUGCUGGUCAGGCUCUGACGGCCUACUUCGUCCUGGGCCAGAAGAACGACAUUAAAGACCUGCAGGAAGAGAGCAAAUCCCUGAAGAAGGAGCUGAGUCAAGGGCACGCUGCUGCUGUCCCCAUGAAGCUGCAUGUGCCCAUGAACACCAUGCCAUUGCUGAUCGAUGGGUCUGCUGAUGAGGGGACAUCUACCCAAGGGCCAAAGGAAGGAUCAGGUUCUCCCACACAGUGUCAGCUGGAGUCAACAGGGUUGAAGCCAACAAGUAUUGAAUUCUUCCGACCCCAGUGUGAUGAGCAGGGCAACUACCUGCUCCAGCAGUGCCUGGAUGCCACACCCCUUUGCUGGUGUGUGGAUGCCAGUGGGAAGCAGCUCUCUGGCACCGUAACCAGUGGGCCUGCUAGGUGCGGCGCCACAUCCGCACUCAAUCAUGUGAUGGCCAUACCUGAUGUGAUGCUGAGUGAUGAGUAAAAACCAGUGAGCUGUGAGGACCAGUAAAACUGUCCCACUAGACAUGUCUACAUUUAAGCACUUCCUUUCAGAAUGCCCUGAUUCUGUGGACAUUCUAAAUAAUCCAGCACAUGGAUUUGGAAACUAACAAGUUCUCUUUUGUUGUAUUUUCUGUAUGGGUCUAUUUAAUUAACCUAUGAUUUUGAUAUAAUAAUGCCAGGUGUACUAACUGCUGCUCACUGCUAACCAUAAAACUGAGAUUAGGCCAACCAAGGUGUAACAGUCAUUCUAGCUAAUAAAAUAAAGUCAAAAUAAAUGCCA